AGUUGUUGUUAAGCGUAUAAGAUGUUGGGUAUUUCCAAUGCAACCUGUGUCUCCGCAGGAUUACAUCAAUAAAAUAAAUAAAAAACAAAGGCGAGCCGGUCGAACCACCUAUGAAUCAUUGCUACUAUUCACGUAACCUGAUUCCAUUCUCUUUAUUGUUUGACUACCAACUGCAGUGGAAACGGUAACAUGGCUACAAAAUCUGACCCCAUCCCAUGGGCCGAUGGGCCUUUCUCUUUGAUAGAAACCCCCUCUGUGAAGAGAAAAAGCGACCAUUUCUACUUAAAAGCUGCCACAGAGAUGGCACAUGCUCACAACGUUCUAAUUCGAAGCUUGAACGCAAUCCUUCGUCAAGGACCGCAUAUUCCCACCUCAACAGACCCGAAGUACUGCGCAAAAGAUGUCGCCGAUUUUCUGAACUAUGUUCGCUGCUGGGUGCAAAUGGUCCAUCAUCACCAUUGGGUCGAAGAAGAGUUCAUCUUCCCCGAGAUGGGCAAAUUCAGCGGUAAACCUGGAUUGAUGGAUGAGCCCCGGCAUCAGCAUGAAUCAUUCCAAGCAGGACUGACAAAUCUGGAAUCAUAUUCGAUUAACACAAAGCCUGAGCAAUUUGAGUGGAAAGGCCCUCAAGGCAUGGAACGUAUCAUCGGCAGCUUUAGCGAACAAUUAACCGGUCACCUCUAUGAUGAAAUUGAGGUCUUAUUGACCAUGGGCGACCUUGAUAGCGAAGAGUUCAAAAAGACUUGGCUUAAAGCCGAAACAAUAGCUAAGCAAUCUGGUAAUCUGAAACUGCUGGUUGAGAUGGUUCCUUUGGUUCUGGGAUCUGCUGACAAAACAUACGAAGGUGGAGAAGACUUUCCACCGUUCCCUUGGUUUAUGCCUUAUGUUGCCCAUUACGGACUUGCCGCUCGAAAUGGGUCAUGGAGAUUCAAUCCUUGUGACUUCUGGGGAAAGCCAAGGCCUCUAGCGUUUGGCGACAGUAGCAGCAGCAUUGAGGAUUAGACUGUCAAACAUUUCCGUUGCUAUACUCUCUGAAUUACUCCUUAUUAUUACGCGUAGUGAGCAAGACUAACUAGCAUUGAGUUUGGAAUUCUAGGAUUAUAUUUUGCACUAUAUAUUGAAGAUAUAUGUCUACACUGUAGGCAAACCAUUGCUAGAAGUCAUUCAAAUAACUAUUGAACUAUAGAAACUACCUAUAUUCUUAGGUAAGGAGGGUUCUACGCCAAUGAGACACUCCCUAAUUCCUGAUUAAUAGAAUCAGAGAAAGCCCAUGAAAACCGAUGCUAGGUAUGGUAGUAUUAAGCAUUCUUUUUAUUACCCCAGAACAUGAAUGUAAUAAGUAUGAAGUGGAGGAGUCAAAUUGAGUGCUUAAGCCUACAGUAAAUACGCUAGCACAUUAUCAUAGAUUCAACAAUACGGAGUCGUACCGUAUCUACGGGCCUACGGCUCCUAUUUGC